AUUGAGCUACCAGCCAUAGUUUGGUACAGAAGCAAAAUUCAACUAUCUCAGGCACUUUGUUAGAGACAUUCUGACGGUUAAUUGGAGACACUUUUUGCUGGAAUUGUAUAUUCACCGACGCAGCAGAUAUACAGAUCCCAUCACCCAGACCGGAUUCCCACAUCUGCUUACAAUUUUCCUAAUCAAGUCGUGAUUUCACGUGUUCCUAAUAAUAAAAUAAACAAAAAUAGAAUUACGUGUAUCGUAUCCUAGUUAACUCAUCGUUUCUGGGAUAAACUUGCGUUAGAUUAUAAUUUUUUUUUAUCAUUAGUGUAGCGACUAUAAAGAUAAAAAGCCAACAUGUUUGCGAUCAUGCAGAUUGACAACGACGUUAGCGGAGGUCAAUUCAGGAGGAAAAUGAGGUCCAAGUGCGAGUUCGUGUGCAAGUAUUGUCAAAGGAGGUUCACUAAACCGUAUAAUCUCAUGAUACACGAAAGGACGCACAAAAGUCCUGAAGUUACUUUUAGUUGCGAGAUAUGCGGAAAAAGUUUCAAGAGACAAGAUAACCUCAAACAGCAUAGAUGUAAUCAGUGCUAUUGGAGGUAAAAGGGGUCCUAUGGUCAAAAAGGGCUAACCCGGUCCUGUCUUAAUUUUAAAAGUGACCAUACACUACCCCGCCAAUACUUGUUUCAGCAGCAGAUACUAGUAGUAUACGUUAGAUGCCUUUUAAAACUUUUUUACAGUAUUUAUUGCCUCUCAAAUAUAAUCUUGUAAAUAUAUGUUUUAGUAUUAAUAAUAUUUAUUAUUAAAAUUUUAGUUUUUUAAUAAUGGACUACCGUUGUCUAGUCUGGACGUUGUAUUCUUAAUUUUUUUUUCUAUAUAUAUAUAUAUAUAUAUAUAUAUAUGCGAUAUAGUGAAACUAAUAAUGAUUGUAUUGAAUACAAUUUGUGAUCGUAUCAAAAAUGAGAUAUGGGAAAUAUUAUUUCACAUGAAAAUCAAUUACCUUUCAAAUCUAAUAUUUAGUUUAAUUUAUUGGACGGGAAACGUUUAUUCCGCCUUGUGUACUUUGUCUAUAUUUUCAUAUUACAAAUUUUUUUUCAUAUAAAAUUUUUUAGUUCUUAAAUUUUGAAAACAAUAUUUCUUGUUAUCUCAUUUUUUUUGAUAAUAGCAGUAGUGCAAUGAUUAGUUUUAUAAUAUUUGUGACAUCCUGUACAGUUAAAAUUAAUAUAUUGCUUUUGCAGAAUUUAAUGAAAUUUAAGUAUCGAUGA